ACAAGGAAGGGUCGGAAGUGGUGUCCGCUGCUGCCAUGGCAAAAAGGAAGCUGAAAAAGUCAAAAGACACAUCUUCAGUCGCAGGGGUAAAACAGGCAAGCAAAAAAGACAUGACACAACGUGAGAAAUACAUGUUUCCCCUCGCCGCCUGUGCUUUGGUCGUAGCGGUUUGCGUUGUACCGCUGACAGCCGAAAUAUCUGCCUCAGGCUCCCCUCCUGUAAAGCACAUAGACCUGAAGAUGGAUGAGGCAAUUCUGACAGUCAACAAUGAGCUGGACACUGGGGUGGUGGUGUCCUGGGUGUCACAGCGAUGCCAUCAGUGUUUGUAUCAGAGGUUAGGUGAUGUACCUGCAGGAUCCAGUCCUGGUCAACCCAGUUCAGCAAACUUUGUUGUGAGCACACAGCAUGAAAUCACUCUACAGCUCAACAGCACUGACAUCCUGGAGCUCUGCACGGUUCCAUUCCACUUUGGGGAGCACGGGAACUACUCUCUGUGGGUGAAAAAUCUGAACUCCUCAGUGGUCAACUGCUCCAUAGUGACAGACGCAGGCCCUGUAAACAGCUACAUACCGAUCUUGGUUGCUUUUCUCAUCUUUUCUGGAAUGGCGUUGGCGUCCGCCAUUGGAGCAACUAUAUUAGGGCUCGAUGUAGUGAAGGGUAUCCUCUUCAGAAUCAGCGGCACCAUGGAGACAGAGAGGCUCAUCAACACUGAACUGGGCUCCCCUGGCAGGACGGUGUCACUAGCUGCUGACAACAUCCUCCCUCCUCCUCCCAGCCCCAGCAAGAGGCUGCGAUCUCUGGACACAUUCAGAGGGAUCUCCUUAGUCAUUAUGGUGUUUGUGAACUACGGAGGGGGACGAUACUGGUUCUUCAGACAUGAAAGCUGGAACGGCCUCACUGUCGCAGAUCUAGUCUUUCCUUGGUUUGUGUUUAUAAUGGGCACAUCCAUCGCGCUGUCAAUCAACUCCCUGCUCCGCGCGGGCUCCACCCGCCGCUCACUGCUGAGGAAAGUCUUGUGGAGGAGCCUGCAGCUCUUCAUCAUCGGCGUCUUCAUCAUCAACCCAAACUACUGCCAGGGGCCGUUGACUUGGGACAAUUUGAGGAUCCCUGGUGUGCUGCAGCGCCUGGCCUGGUCAUACUUAGCUGUAUCCUGUCUGGAUCUGUUGGUGGCGAGAGGGAAUCUUGACAUCCUUCCAACGGAUGCUUGGUGGUCCCCUUGCCUCGACAUCUUGCUGUACUGGCCAGCCUGGCUGUUUGUGCUUCUCUUAGAACUUGUCUGGCUAUGCCUCACUUUCCUUCUUCCUGUUCCAGAUUGCCCAACAGGCUACCUGGGUCCCGGUGGAAUCGGGGACUUUGGCCUGUAUGCUAACUGCACCGGUGGUGCUGCCGGUUACAUUGACCGAUGGCUGCUCGGAGAGAGCCACAUCUACCAGAAUCCUUCAUCACGGGUCAUUUAUGCAACUCGUAUGCCGUACGAUCCAGAAGGUGUUCUAGGCAGCAUCAACUCCAUCCUCAUGGCUUUUCUGGGAUUGCAGGCAGGAAAAAUAAUCUUACACUACAGAGAUCUCCCCACAAGUAUAAUGUCAAGGUGUCUAAUAUGGGGUCUCUUAUUGGGAGUCAUCUCAGCAGUUCUGACCAAGUGCUCCACAGACCAGGGCUUCAUUCCUGUGAACAAGAACCUGUGGUCUCUGUCCUAUGUGACAACACUGGCCUGUUUUGCAUACGUGCUGCUAGUGCUGGUUUACUACACAGUGGAUGUGAAGAAGUGGUGGUCUGGAGCACCUUUCUACUACCCUGGUAUGAACUCCAUCCUGGUGUACGUGGGCCAUGAAGUGUUCGAGAACUACUUCCCCUUCCGUUGGCGCAUGGCCAACAGCCAAUCCCACGCAGAGCACCUCACCCAGAACCUCGUGGCUACUUCCUGCUGGGUGCUCAUCUCUUACUUGCUCUACAGAAAGAAGAUUUUCUGGAAAAUUUAGAAGCGGAGCUCCUAAAUGACAGGACAUUGGGACAGCAAUACCAGAGGAAAUUGUUUACAUUAGAAUUGCUGUUAAAACUGAAGAACAUUUGGAAAAAAUCAUCUACGUUGGUUUUCUGUCUCUGAAGAUAUGUGGGGUUCUUCUAUCAAACAGCACAUUUUUUUCUCUUUUAAUUUCUUUUUUAAUUUUCAGUCACUACUUUAAAGGACCAUACAAAGACUCUGUUUUUUCCAAAGAUCCUCUGAUAUGAAGCAGCUGACCCCUGCCAAAUAUCUGAACUGACUCAGGAACAAGUUGUCCAAGAACAGCAAGAGAAUUUGAGGACUGCAGACUGACGUUGUUAAUCUGCUAUUUGACUGUGUUGUAGAUGCUGGUUUUCAUUCCUCAUAUUGUACCACAGACUACACAAGCAGGGCGUUGAGUUAGCGGUUUAACCAGCCCCUGUUGACUUCCCCUUGGGAGAAUCCCUGCUGCCAUCUCAAGUACUGUUGCGUUACUCUGAAAACUGAAGUGGGUGGAGUGAGACUGACAGGAGCAGAGGGAGAUGUUAAAUUAUGUACCCUCACGAGCAAGGGCUACCUAGAAUGUUUUGUGAUCUCUCGUAAUAUCCACUGCACAGUGGAGGAUGGAAAUGAAAUCCAAACAAGGGGAAAAUAGGUUUAAAAAGGUUAUAGGUUUUAAAAUAUGAAAGUUAAGCAUAUGGAGUUAAUAGUUACUCAGUGGUCAGUGUUUUCCAUUUGCAGUCCUCUUCUCCCUCACUCAACAAGUGUCCAGUGGUGUGACGUUUGUUGCUGCAUGUUACCAGUUGCUGAGGGGAAGUAAAGAAGGGCAUGUCAGAUCACUAUGGAAACCCACUGGAGGUUGCUUGCUUUGCAUUUUGGCUCAUGCAGAUGCAUGCAUGGGUAUGAGUUCAUCUCUUUGAUCA